GCUUUAUGUGGAAGAUGGACUACUUUCAAACGGACGCCUAAUUUUUAUGGAUGAAUCGUUUGGACGGUUAUUCAGUCGAUAGAAACUAGACACAACUCAGAAGUAUGAGUUUCAGUUUCUGUAGUGUAAGUUAGAGUUAAACAGUGUACGUUUUGGAGAUCAGUGCAGCAUGGCAGCAAUGUGGCGGGUCGCGUUCAUCGCUUUACUGGAGUUCCAGUGCUACGUGAGUCGUGAGGUCACUCUUCCCAAGGGCCCGCUAUAUCGGGUAGCCGGUUUCUCACUGUCGCUGCCCUGUGCCGUUUCGGGAUACGAAGGUCCACGGACGCAGGAUUUUGAGUGGUACCUGUACCACGAUGAUGCAGGCGAUAGACAGAUCGGAGUCGUGUCCACGCGAGACACGGGAUUCCCGUACGCCCCAUUUCAGGCACGUGUGCGGGCGGGCGAGGUUCGGGUGGAGAGAGACUCCGGUGACAAAGCCAGACUGAUAAUCCAGAGGCUCCGCCCAGAUGAUCAGGGCCGUUACGAGUGUUACACGCCCAGUACUGACACUCGCUACCAAGGGAACUACAGUGCGUCAGUGGUCGUCAAAGUGAUUCCAGACACGUUGCUAAUUACACACUCACGCAUUCUGAGCGGCCAACCCGUUAUCGAGGGCACAGAACUGCUGCUGACGUGCACAGCGUCUGUCCAAUCAGAUGAGCACACUCACGUGUCCGUCACAUUCGGAGUGCGCAGCAGCAAGGGGGCGGAGUCUGUCGGACACAACCUAAGAGAAAUCAUCGCAAUUGACCGCGAGCUACAUGUGACACCCAGCCGCAGCGGAUCGUACGAGAAGAGAUACAAAGAUGGAGAAAUCGCUCUGGAGAAGAGGAAUGGAGACGGAGGCAGGGAUCUGUACGUGCUCAAGAUGAGCACGCUGGCACCAGAGGAUUCUGGGUCGUAUUUUUGCGAGGCUGCGCAGUGGAUCAGAGAUCCGCAGGGCAAAUGGGAGCGCAUUGCACAGAGAACGAUGGAGCUUGGCAAUCUCAUUGUUCAACCACUUGCGGACACACUGACUGUACGCUCGAUACCUGAAGGCGUCAUCUCUUUGCAGCCCGGCGCUCCUCUGAGCCUCACCUGUCAGGUGUCGGGUGUGGGCGGGUGGAACCGCUCGGCGCAGCUUGUGCAGUGGAUGCGGCGCGGGCCGGCGGGGGGUGUGGAGGUGGAGGUGGCGCGCAUGGGUCCUGACGGCGUGGUGAGCUGGGGCGAUGAUGUCAGCAGGGCAGGAGGGGGCAGUAUGGAGAAGGAGGCCAAUGGGCGGUUCUCUCUGCGGCUGUUCUCUGUUCACCCCGCCGACGCAGGACUCUACCGAUGCGCCGUGAGCGUGUACGCGGGGCGGCUAACUCCGGGUCCCACGAGUCCUGCCACGAUAACACAGCGAUCGGAGUGGGUCACUGUUAACCUAAAGACUGAAGAGGUCCGUGUAUCUGCCACCAUUGAUUUGCCACACCGACCGCUGCUGAAGCGCGGUAGCACGGUUACUCUGCUCUGCAACAUCUCUGUGGCAACCACCGUUUCUGCCCAGGUGGAGGUACAGUGGCUUCAGAAGCCAGAGGAACCAGAGAGAAAAGACGUGGCGAUUUCCGAGGACAACAAAGGCAAACUCCUCGCAACUGUAACACACGAUGGCCUGACGCGAAUCUACAGCAACGGCAGUGAUUUGAGUGUCGACCGCGUGUCCGCCGGAUGCUACAGGUUGAGGAUUUUCUCCGCACGUGAGGAAGACCAGGGCCACUAUCAGUGUCUAGUGGAGGUUUGGUCACGGGAUCCGCAUGGAGGAUGGUACAAAACAGGUGCCAGCACAGAGUCAGCCACCGUACACCUGUACCUGUAUGCACGAGUUGCUGAUCUACUGCUCAUACCUCUCGUGAUCGGAUUGUCGUCGGCGCUGUUUGUGGGCGUGUUAAUUAUUGCCACCGUGACGUGCUGCUUUAUGAACAGACUGGCCAGGCAGCGCUCUCAAAUUAGGAAGUAGGCACGAGACUUUCAUGCAACAACCACUGAGAACAUUCAAUGACUUGAACAGUGCAAAGAAAAACAGAUUCUAAGUUUUUCGUCAGACUUGAUUUAAAUGUGCACUCAGAAAUGUCUUGGAUUGACAUUGUUUCUAACCACUCCACUUUAUAGGUCAAUAUUAUGUUGCACAAAAAUAUUUUGUGCACUCGCUUAUAGGAAUAGGAUGUUACAUGGUGGAUGUAAACCUCUCCUUUACAAUUAGAAAGUGUCUGAAUGCAGUUUUGUUUUGGAGAACAAGCAGAACCAAUAAUAGAUCCAUAGAUGUUUGUUUACAGUGGACCAGGGGAGGUUCUAUGGGGGUGCAUGGGGUGACCACGGCCCUCCCGGACAGAAGCCUUAUCCCCCCCACCGACCCAAGCCUUUCCUACUUUCAGAGUAGCAAAUAACCUGCCAUUGUAGUUAGUUAAUCCAAUAUACUUUAUUCUGAAUGGGUGAAUCUCACUAAGAAAUGAGUUGAAUUUGACCACAAAAUCAAUAGGUGAAAAUUUGAUUUUGCAUGGAGAAAAUUAAGCCAAUUGUUUUUUCGUGUGUGGAAAUAUUUUCACCCCUAACACUUGUUACUCUAAUGCAAAAUAAAUCUCAUUGUCAUUGCUGUAAUAUAAUAAUGGAAAUCAUUCUGUCCUGGUACUUUUUAUAAUUAUUAUUAUUAAUAAUAAAAUCAGCAUUAAUAAAUCCAAUUAGUACCACAAAUACUACCGCAUGGUAUAUUUACCAGUGUACUUUACAAAAUACAUGAAGCAUUUUUUUUUACAUUGUAUUAAUGAAAAUUGGAGUGAAAAUGUGCUUGAAAAUAAAGUAAUGCUUAACAAUAAGAUUCCAUUUGUUUACAUUAGUUAACAUGAACUAACUACUUUUACAGCAUUAUUUAAUCUUGGAUAAUAUUUCAACAUAUAAUAAUACAUUUACAACAAAAGUUGUAAACGUUAACCCUCAUGCACUGUUCGGUCAUUUUUGACCGAAAUCAAUUUUGUUUCUUCAAAAAAACUUGUUUCCUUUAUCUGAUGGGUACGAGACUAGUUUAUUCAAUCAGUCUAAGCGGUAGAAAAAAAAAAAGUGCACUUGUACUGUUCCCGGUCAAAAGUGACCGCCAUAGGAAAUGAAUGGGAAACACUAAAAAUCACAGAUUUUUUUAUUUCAUUAUUUAUUAUAUCAAAUAAAAUAAAAACAGCCACAAUGUAGAAAAAAACACACAAAGACAUGAAGGGGUGAGACUACCAAACAUCAAGAGUGCAACACACACACACACACACACACCAAAAUGAAUUGGUGAGACCAUAGCACAUCUACAGUGCUGAACACACGCACACACACACACAUAUUCAUCUUGUUACAACCAGGGAUAAAUUAGCUUAUUACUUUUAUUCUACUCAUUACAGGUAUGCAAAACUGUCAAAAAUAACCUCAAACAAAAUGCUAAACUUUGACCAAAUUAGUCUUUUAUAAUGUUUAAGUAUAUAUCUAAAUGCAGAACUUGUGACAAAAUCUAGAAAUCUACUCUUCAGCGAGGGAUGAAUAAGUAUCUCUCUGCAGCCAUCUAGUGUUUAUACUUGGAAUUUCAUCUUUACCUUGAGACUUUAAGCUUUCAAAUGGUAUAUAAUGUGUGAGGAUUGGUUCAGUAUUUGAGAAAAUAUUCAUAAGAAAAGCAAAAAAAUUUCCAUUUUCAAGCUCAAGGUCAUACAGGUAAAUAAGUAAAUAAACAAAUUAUAUAUAUAUAUAUAUAUAUAUAUAUAUAUAUAUAUAUAUAUAAGGGCUAAAUACCCAAAACCCCACCCAAAAUGCACAACUUUAGUGCUUUUACAUGAUUUAAUUUAGAGUUGUUACAUUUCUUUCAUAACAAUUAAUAAAAUUACACAUUUAUUGUUUCCGGUCACUUUUGACCGGGAACAACUGGAAUGUGAUUUAAUGAUGAACAGUGCAUAAGGUUUAACAUUAGUUAAUGCACUAUGAACCAACAUGAACAACUGUAUUUUUAUCAGCUAACAUUAAGAAAGAAUAAUAAAUGCUGUAAACAAUAUUUUGUUUUUAUGUAAGUUCAUGAUACCUAAUGCAUGAACUAUUGCUAAAGGUGCAGUAUGUAAGAUUCAGAAACUCUUGUUAUUAGUGACACCUGUGGCCGUUAUGUGAACUGCAGCCUGUUGCUCGCGCUCGUGCACACACUCCAUAGAGACGCGAGCGAGCAUCGACCAAAAUAUUGACGUAAUGUACAAAGAGACUGAACGUGAUUCACCGGCAUCAUGCUGACAGAUGAGGUAGCAUAAUUAAAAUGACACAGUUAUGAUUGUUUUACUACAAACUUUGAGACUAAACUAAAACUACUUAUCAGCUAACAUAGCAUACUGAUACACACAUACAGCUACAUACUACCCAACUAUACCAGACAGUUAUGUUGCACUAUUGUAUGUUUUGUAUGUCAUAUGUGGUACUACGAUCAAGAAACCAGCGUAUCUGCUUAAAUUUAUCCUGUAUACCUGACUUUUAGUAUAAAGAGAAGAUCAUUGAAAUUAUGUGAAAGUUAUGAAGCAAGGUAGCUUGCAGUUCGUCGGCGUUAGCAGGCAAGAUCAAGUUAGCAAAAAUGACACAGAUCAAUCCUUAUGGCACUAUAUUUCACAUGCUUUGCAGUUAUGUAAGUUUACCUGUCCAAUAAGAAGAACGCCAGUUCAGGGUCGGUUUUGAUCCCCAAAACCGAACGAAGGUCCCUCCAGGAAUCAAAUGUCCUGCCGAUGUUCACUCUAGUUUUCACCACGAUCAUGUUCCCGCUUAGCUAGACGGGAUUCAGUAGAAGGCUCUCGGGAGCGCGCGUAAACGUCACAUCCUUUGGAUUUUCCCGGCAAAACCAACCCGCUCCCUUCACAUGAAAAUCAGUCUACAGGCUUUAAUAGGCAACCUAGGAAGUCCAGGAAGGGCUAAUUUUUUAAGUUGCGUUACAAGCCGUUCACACAUUGAAAAAAAAGGCGAAUGUUACAUGAAAAUUUUUACAUAUUGCACCUUUAACAAAUGGAACCUUAUUGUAAAAUGUUACUGAAAAUAAUGUCAAUGCAGAAAAUCUUAAUCGUCCUAAAAAUAGGCAAAUAAUUAUGCAACAUAUACUGUGUGUGUGUAUGUGUGUGUAUAUAUAUUUUAUUUGGUUUUGGUGUGAAAUGUGACCUGGACAUGCUCUAUUUUUCAUGAGAGUCACAUACCAAAGAAUAUGUGAUUAAAGGGAUCAGAACCACUGAGAAACGAGAUCUAUUAAGCUACAGUGUUCAAGACAAGUUCAGAGUGGCCGUUUACAGCGUUACCUAAAUCAAACAAACCACUGCGAGAAUUUAUUGAAGCAGAACCACUGAACUGAGAAGAGAGGAGCUCUGGAAAUGAGAUCUGCUCACACGCUGUUACAUAAACACGACUGAAGCUUUCAGCCGAGACUCUGCUGGGAAUCCACUUAAAAUGCUAAAAAAAAACUCUCCCAGAGCAAUUCAGCCGAGGCGUGUAGAUGUUUGCCAGGAUUUCCCACUGUACUUCCAGAAUCAAAGUGGGACGUGGACCAAAUUGUUUCUUAUAAAAAGAUCCUAACAUAAAACCUGUAUUGAUGUCUUUUUGUUUUUUUACUGAAGUGCUGUAAUGUGCAUCUGGGUCAUUCUACAAAAAGGUGAUUUUUGUGUCCUCUGUGUAAACGUACCUGUAAAUAAUGACUUCACAUUGAAUCCAAAAGACUUGAAGCUUUGAUAUUAUAUACGAUGUAUACAACAAGUAAAUGUCUCUUUUUUUUUUAUCACUUUAACUUGUGUUUGGUUUGGUUUGUCCUAAAUGUAAGAAAUAGUCAACCCUGUUAAAAUGAUUUUGUGACCUCAGUAAUAAUAUUUAGUCGUUUAGCUUGAGAUUACACAAUGCAAUUAGGGUUUCUUUGUCAUAUGGAAUGUUUACAAUGUAAAAAUCACCUUUUGGGAAUAAAGUAACCUGUUUCAUAGAAUGACCCUUCUCAUUUGUAUGUGUUGAAAGGCUCACUGUUACUCUUUAAAACCUGAACGAAUGAGGCAGAUUAUUCAGCGAGCUUCAUUUUGAGAUUCGUGCAUUGUUUAUUCCCGUCAAUCCCUUGUUCAGAGUCACACAAUCGUUGACUUGAUUGCUGUGCAAGAUUGUUAUAUUGUCAGUGCUGUGAACUCCCUGCACUAGAUUUCCCUGGGAUUGUUUUAAAGUGAAAGCUACAUUAACAUCAGAAAAAAGA